AUCGCCGGUCUUCGAUAAGAUUGAAUUCAUGACCGAACGCAGUCGAAUCCGCUAACCGAGCUGUACGAUAGAGUUUAAAACCAGGCAUAAGCAUAUUUGGACGGCCAUUUCCGUUACUUCAUUGCACAAAGACGCUUUGCGGGGGUCCGUCAUCCAAAGUUCUAAUCUUUUCUGCAGAAUCCGAGUACCAUUGUACGUACCGUGCAACCUGUAUUUCGGAUUAAUACGUAAUGGUACGUGGUCGGGUAACAUAACAGUCAAUCCCUUACAAGUGUGUGUUACGUUAAUCCCAACGAAGAACGCGGUUGUGUAAAUAGCACGUAGUGACGUUUGCGCACGCUCAGUGCGCAUACGCGGUCAGAUGAGCGCGGGAUCACAACGAAAGGACGCGAGAGGGGAUCGUAGAAGAAGCAAGAAGACUGUGUAAUGCGAAUGAGAAAGAGAAAGAGCACGAACAAGCAAGGGAGAGAGAGAAACUGAUCGCGGUGUUCCUGGUUAGCCGCCGUGUCUGUUCGACGGAACUUACGUUGGGUCCGCUUAAAGUUUCAAUUGACGAUAAGGUACGGCGACAACGGCAACGUAAUACUUGAUUACACAGUUCCGCGCGGAGAUCGGUCGGCUCACGUUCGCGGAACGUAAUUAACACUUGUUUUGACCAGAUCGUGCAAUGGAAAGCACGAAUGUGAAUGGCGGGAAUGCCGAGGUUCCGCGCGAGGAUUCUAACCUCAAUGAAAGCGUAGGUAGUGCCAGCGGCGAGAGCGUCGUCUUACCAGGCGAUACACCUGCAGCGAUACCAGUCGAAACGCAGCAUUUACCCGAUAAAAUAUCGGCGGAAAGCGGUAACACUGACGCACAAGAAGUUAAUGGUGAUUUCAAUAGCUCCUUCAAGAAACGUCCUGCUACGCCGUCUUCGCGCAAGAAGCAGUUGAAGUUCAAGGCCAAUUCCGAUAGCACAUUGGAGAGCGAUGCAGAAAUAAUGGAGACGAGGUUGCAUAAACGUAAACUCGUAGAUGUGGAUGAAACCAGCUCCGAUGAGUCGGCGGGAUUUAACGGCUUUGACCUUCAGGUUCUCAGCGAGAUACGAGGCAGUAGUAUUCUGAAAAAACUUAUUGCUGAAGCAGAAAUAGCAGAAGCCCAACAAGUGAAACGUACAAGAUAUUCAAAGAGGAAAUAUGAAAGUAUAGAAAAGAAAGAGGACGACCAUGAUCUUGAUGAUAUGAAAGCCUUUAUUUAUGCCACAGACAAUUUAGGCAAAACACUAAACAGAGCUAAGGACAGGGAUAAUUAUGGUGCAGAGCAUCAUCUAAAUUUAGGCAAGAUCAAAAAGGAAAAAGAGUCUGACAAGUCUGAAACAGAUUCUAUCGAUGUACCAAAUAGCAUAGAUUCGGAAACUGAACCAAGCAAGACAGAAAUAAUCUCCAUUAAGUCGGCAAAUUCAUCUCUUACAAGUAGUCCAUCUACAAUAUCACCAAAAGUGAAAGUUGGGCGUGGUUUCAUUUCACGCAGUAAUAGUCCACAUCAUACCACUAAACAAAAGGCUGUUAUCGAUAUGUCAAAUCCACUGUACAAAGAGCCAUUUAAAUAUGGUUGGAAACGUGAAUUGGUAUUUAGGGCAAGCAGCGAUUCUGCUCUUAAGAGAAUGGCGGAUAUAUAUUAUUAUACACCAAAGGGAAAAAAAGUCCGAAGUUUCAGGGAGGUUGCAGAAUCUCUUCACUCCAAGGAGUUGUCAAUUGAAAAUUUUACAUUCUUCAAAGAACCAAUUGGGCUUGAUGAUCCAGAGAAGGAGAUCAUUAGAGAUGCAAAGAAAUGGCGGGGAUCUGGGUUCGGUUCAGGAGGAAGGAAAUAUUUUGGUAAGAAAAAGGGACCAGUGAAAAAACCACCAGUACAGGAACCUCCUGCUCCUGCUCCUGCUCCCGCUUCUGCUCCUUCUCCUGCUCCUGCUCCUACUCCUGCUCCUGUAACUACACCUGCAUCAACACCAGCACCUGCACCUGCGCCAGUGUUUGCAAAAACUGCUGCCAAGUCAGCCACAAAAGCAGCAACAUCUCCAGGAUAUAAAACGAAAGGGGCAGCAAAGAAAACACCUCAAAUAAAGAUGAAACCACCAGAAACAAAACCAGCAGUUGAGGAAACCGAUAUGUUACCACCUCAACGUGGUGCGACAAGUACAAGACGAAAUCAACAAGCAGCUGUGGAAAAGGUGACCGCCGUUAAAUCCAAAAGAGUAUUAACACCGAAAGUACAAGAACCGUGCAGCAUAAGAUGUUCGACAAGUAUGGGAUUGAUACCGAGUUUGCAGUGUCGUGUCUGUCUCUGUUUAUAUCAUCCUGAAUGUGUUGAAGGCGUGGAUUUUGCAGGCAGUGAUGAAUACAUCUGCAAGAAUUGUCAGCAGGACACUAAAGAAUCUCACACGUCAAACAAUCCAUCUUUGACACCACCUCCGUUGAUCCCAAUUAGUAUGUUAGGUGUGCAGAAUGCGAAACCGAAGCAUCCGGCUAAUUUGAUCCCUCCGAAAUUACAAAGAAUACCAAAAUCCGACGGUACGGAUGCGCAAACGAGGAGUCCUUCGAGAAUCGCCAAAGUACCGUCUGCAACGUCGAACUUACCCUCAGGCGUAGACAAAAAAGAUAUCGGGUGGUUCCCUCAGACAGAGAAUGAUUUCCUGCAGAGUCAUGAUGGCACUGUGCCGAAGCCGGCUCAGAAUAUCGCGGUGAUGGGCGGCAAAAGGUACAUUGUGGUACCGAAGAAUAACGCGAUGGCGGUCCAACCGGCUAUCACUGUGAAGCCGGAUAUGAUUGGCGAUAAGCCGCCGACUCUUCAAGACGGCUCGCUUAUCGAUAUCUCGAAUACGGUGGAUAAUUCAGUCGCGAAAUUGCGCGCACUUCAAACAGCCAAACAUCCGGACACCGAGCUCGAACCUACGGUCGAAUUCGAGAAAACGAACAUCACACCCGAUAAAGAGACGAUAAGCACGAGAGACGAUGCGGAGAUGCGUUUAGCGGAUCUCGCGUCUGCCAUCGACGCCGAUGAGACGAACGAAGCGCUCGAAAAUAAAGACACUGCCAAGGAUGAAGUAGACAGAUUGAUCGACAGUACAUCAGACAAUGAGUCCACCACUGCCAUCGUAGAUCACACGCCAGAGAAUGAAAGUGUGCAUGCGAGUUGUAAAUCGCCCGAGAAUGAACCCGUAACGCCGGUGCAUAUAGCAAGCACACCGAACGCUCUUGAAGCUACGAGCACGGAAACGAAUGACACACAUUUCCAACAGUCGUUGUUGAGUAAUGCGAGUACAAUAACAUUUCAGAGUCGCAUAAGGAAACAAAACCAACAAGAAAUCGAGCAACAACAAAAUUUCAUGGGUUCUGUCUGCGCCGGCUAUCAUGCACUUCUCCGUAUUUUUCAAUAUCUAAAGGUCCAAGAGCUGUUACGCGCAGCUCGUGUUUGUAAAAUGUGGCGCGAUCUUGCAGCCCACCCGUCUCUUUGGAAAACAGUACGAAUGAAGAAUAGUCAGGUGACAGAUUGGGAUGGGUUAGCCGAUACGUUACAAAGACGGGGCACACAACAUUUGGAUCUUAGAAAGAUGCUGGUAUCUGGAGAAUCCGAUGGGAUAUGGAAAAAGUUUCUGUUGGUCAUACCACGAGUAACUAGCUUAUUAAAAUUGGAACUCUGUCGAUGUCCAGUGAUGGUAGUGGAAGAAGUUAUCAAAAGCUGUCCGCAAUUAGAGGUGCUAAGUGCGAUGUCGAUUAAAUGUGAUUCGCUUACUCUAGAAUCAGUCGGCAACCUGAAACGAUGUCAAGAACUCAGACUUAAAGCAAUUAGUGGCAUGUCAUUGCAACAAGAUCUUACUCCUUUACAAGAAUUAACGCAAUUGACGCAGUUGAGUCUGACAUCGGUCAAAGACCUCGGGAAAAAGAAAAUUGACGUUAUACAAGCAUUGAUAAACCUGGAAGCGCUAGAACUAGGCGAAUGUUCUGAUUUCCCGGACAAAUUUGGAACGACUGUUCUAAUAAAAUUAAAUAAACUGGAACGCCUCAGACUUGAAAAAGGUCAAGGAUCUUGUUGUACAUUCGAUAUACUUGAAGGCGUAUCGAAAUUGGAAAGUCUAAAUCAGAUGGAGCUUGUCAAUUUCGACGUGAAGAACGGUUUCGAUAAGUGUCUCGCCAAUUGCAAAAACAUCAAAAGGUUAUUGAUCAUACCUACUUAUAUAUCGCAGUCGGCAACAUCAAAUAAUAUGGUUCUUGGGGGAGUGACCGAAUUGUCGAAUAAUCUGACUCACUUCGUAUGGGGCGUCACGCUCGAAUUACUCAGAGUCACAGAACUAUUCGUCGACCAAUGUAAUCUUAUGAGCAAACAAGUAACUGGUGAUUCCAUACCUGUUCUAAAACCGGUUCCUUGCUUAAAACUGAUUGACGAUGCGGAAGAUGAGAACGAAAACCAAAGAGGUGACGAUAAGCAACAACCGCAUCUGACGAGUCCACAGGUCGACAUCUUACCGUUGCCCCAAUUACAGAAACUUCUUUUAACUGCAUUACCGAAAACAAGAGUUAAAAUCUUAAAGAUUCCUUUUCAUGCUACAUGGCGACAAAGCAUUUCAGAUACAACAACACAAUAAGAGUGCUCCGAGUGAUAUAACUCAGACAAGGCAAAAAGAUAAAAAAUUAACAUUAAGAAUAGAAAUUUUUGUAAGAUCGACUAUAUUCUAUAUAACGUCUGCAAAUAUACUCCAACUUAUGACUCUCUUGGGCAGUAAAAAUAAUUUAUAUAUUCAUGUACAUCAUGAAAGUUAGACAUUUUUUAAGCGUAACCCUUUACAAUAGACAGGUACACACCAUAUAAUGACUAAAUAUAUAUAUAUAUAUAUAUACAUGUAUAUCCAUAUUUACUAUUUUUAUUAUGAGUAUAGGGCCACAUAUAUAUACAUAUAUAUGUGUGUGUGUGUGAGUGUGUGUGUGUGUCACAUUUUAUCUGACUGAAUGGUACAAUAGCUUGAUAUUCUCCUGUGGCCACUAAUUUAAUAGCAGAAAAUUCUAUUUGUACACCACAAUUCAAUUCUCUCACAAUAAGAGAAAACAAAAGAGAAAUACACACACAUUUGUAUUUUAUCGAGGCUAUUAUGAUGUGUACCUGUUUUAAAAGUAAUCCAACGUAUAUAAUAAGAUUAAGUAGCAAAUAUGUAAAUAUUUGAAUAUCAGAUUCUCGCUAUCUCGGUUACUCGUUAAACGCGUUGGAUAUUUCUUUGGAAAAAUACCUGCAAAAUAGAGAAUAUCGAGAAUCAAGAGAGGAAAAUUGUGCUUAUUAUUUUAUAGUAUAUGUGACAUAGAGUUUCUGUUGGAGUAGCAGAAAGUAUCGAAUUUAUAAUAAGGUUCUAUAUAGAGAGAAAUUAGAAUGUAAAAAAAGAAUGAUAUAUACAUAUUGAUAUUGUGACUGUAUCUGUAUCUAAUUUAAAAUACGAGAGUUUUCGCUGCAAAGGUCUUAAAACUACGACAUUUUUGGGGUUAAAUUUGUAGAAUGUGUAAUAUACUUAUUACUUGGUUGCACAAUGCAUAAUUAGAUAAUUGUUACAAAGGUUCAUUGAUUGAUAUGUACUGAGUACAAAACUGCGUAAUAACUAUAAGUUUUCAAUAAUGACUAUAUUUCUUUUAACAAAGCACAACUAAUUUCAUCACUUCUCUGUUCCUGCCGUUAUCUCUUCUUUUGUAAUUAGUAUAUUAGAAUUAAUGUUAGAAUAUAAUAAAGACGUAUAUUUUAUACAAAUAAUACUGUAAGGAAGGAACAUCAAAAACACGCCGAAUUGUCGAGUCGUUUUAAACAACAUGCAAUUUGAAUGCAUUAAAGUGUCGUCGUUAAAUAACA